CAAGGUAAAUACAUUGUUUCGAAUUAAUUUUAAUACAAACUCGUUGUGUUUGCAUUUGAAGUAUGAGUAAGCCGAUAAAGCGAGUGCAGGCGAAAGGUUACAAAACCAUGCUGGAGUACUGACAAGGAAAUACUGUCCGUUUGUCGCAAGUUAAAUAACAAGUUUUCUUACGUUAUUUAACGAUGGAGUUAUGCAGCAUAUCACGAUCAACCUUCUGUUGGCAUGGACGAAGCACUUUAUUCUCCAGUUUACGAUGAGAAAAUAUCACACUUUUUGGAAGGAGAAUUCUCUCGAAUCAAAGGUGAAUGUUACGUGGAUCAUGCAGGUGCCACUUUAUAUUCUGAUAAUCAAAUUAAAAAAUCAUUUGAUGACUUAGUGUUAUCAUUGUAUACGAAUCCUCAUUCUCACGGAGUAAAUGGUAAUCUUACCGAUGAGUUAAUCGAUAAUAUACGAUGCAGAAUUUUAGAUCAUUUCCACACGACACAGGAUGAAUAUAGUAUUAUUUUUACGUCUGGUGCUACUGCUUCGUUAAAACUUGUAGCGGAGACUUUUACUUUUACAUACAAAAAAGAUGAAUCAAUUAAAGAAUUUGGAAAUUUUGUUUACCUUCAGGAUAAUCAUACAUCCGUUCUUGGCAUGCGUGAUAUAAUAUCCGAAAGAGGCGCUAAAGUAAUUUGUCUGGAUCAUAAUAGUGCUUUUAAAGUUUUACAACAGAAUACCGAUAAAAAUCAUUCCAUCAGCAUGUAUGAAGAUAACUCGUUAUUUAUAUACCCAGCGCAAUGUAAUUUUUCAGGAUUUAAGUAUCCUUUGAAUUGGAUUGAAAAUGUAAAACAUGGGCUUCUCAAUUCGUAUGUGGGAAAUAAAUCUAAUUGGUAUACUUAUCUUGAUAUUGCUUCAUAUGCAGCAACAAAUGAUCUAAAUCUUUCUAUUGUUAAGCCAGAUUUUUUAUGUCUCUCAUUUUAUAAAUUAUUUGGUUAUCCUACUGGCAUUGGGGCUCUUUUAGUAAGAAAUAAAAGUGCACAAAUUUUAAAAAAAGUUUAUUACGGAGGUGGAACAGUGAAUGUAAUUUUAAGCUCAAAAAUGCACCACGUGAAAAAAGAAUCUUUGCACGAAAGAUUCGAAGAUGGAACUAUUUCUUUUCUAACAAUAAUAUCACUCCAGCAUGGAUUACAAAUUUUAUCAGAUAUUUCUAUGGAUCUCAUAUCUUCACACGUGUUUGCAUUAGCUAGAUAUUUUUAUCAUUUAUUGCUAACUUUGCAUCACGAGAAUGGUGCUCCCGUUACUAAAAUCUAUGCCGACUCAGAUUACGAAGAUAAAAAUUUACAAGGUGGAAUUAUUUCUUUUAACGUAUUAAGAUCAAAUGGAGAAUACGUAGGUUACAUGGAAGUUCUUAAUAUGGCCGCAUUGUUUAAAAUUCAUUUACGUACAGGAUGCUUUUGUAAUCCCGGAGCUUGUCAGCGCCAUUUAAAACUUUCGGAUAAGGAGAUAUUGAAAAAUUAUGAUACUGGAUAUACUUGCGGUGGUACAACGGAUUUAAUCAAUGGAAAGCCAACAGGAGCAAUAAGAGUAUCUUUUGGAUACAUGUCAACAAUAAAAGAUGCUAAAGUAAUAUUGCACAUGUUAAAAAAGUGUUUUGUAAAUGGACAUGAAGUUAUAAAAUAUCCUGCUUGGUUAUCAAAUUUUAAAUUAAAUCUAUAUUCUAAAAUGAAUUAUGAUAAUAAUGUUGAUAUAAAUGGAGUUUCUAAUGAAUUUACAAAAAAUGAACGUGAAAAUGUAGUAGCCGGAGAAAAUUGGUUUCCUCAGUUAUGUUCUGUUAUUACAAGCAGUAAUUUAUUUAAAAGUUAUAAUACUAAAAAGUAUUGUAAACUAUCUAAAAUAUUUGUUUAUCCAAUUAAAUCUUGCGGAGGAUACGAAGUUCAAAACUCAUGGAUAUUAACUUCAAAAGGAUUGCAGUAUGAUCGAGAAUGGAUGAUCAUGACAUCUUCGGGACUGUGUUUAACUCAAAAACAAGAGCCAAAACUAUGCUUAAUAAAACCAGAUUUUAAUUUCCUAAAUAAUAAACUAGAAUUAUAUUUUCCUGGCAUGCCAUCUAUUGGAAUUCCAUUAAAUGUUUUAUCAGAAACAGUUAAUAACGAUAGAAUUUGUAGAGGGAAGAUAUGCGGACACAAGAUAGAAGGCAAAUAUUGUGGUGCAGAAAUUUCAGAAUGGUUAAGCCUAGCUUUAAGAAGGCCUAAUAUCAAACUUGUUAGACAAAGUGAAUUAGCCGAAUCAAAACAAACCAGUAAACCAAAAUUAUCUUUUGUCAGUCAAAGCCAGUACCUUUUGAUAAAUACAGCGAGUGUAUUAUGGCUUACCGAUCAAAUUUCAGAAGACUCAGAAUGUGAUAAAAAUACAAUUUUACAGAGGUUUCGUGGUAAUUUCCUGAUUAAUGGGCAUAUACCUUUUGAAGAAAUUAAAUGGAAAGUAAUUCAGAUAGGAAAUUGUCAUUUUGAGGUUGAAGGUGUAUGUACCAGAUGUCAAAUGGUAUGCAUUGAUCAAACAACUGGAAUCAAAACUAUAGAACCUUUGCGUACAUUAGGUGAAAAAUUUCAUGGAAAGCUUAAAUUUGGUAUUUAUUUAGUUAGCAAAAGCCAAGAAAAUAAUGUUUUAAAAAUAGGUGACGAUGUAUUUUAUGACUGA